CCAACUACGCUUAAAAUGAAGCUUACAACGAUAGCAGUUUUGCUAGGUUUUGUAGCUAUUGGCUACUCCCUGCCGGCUCACCCUUGGGCAUUGAUUGCGGACAGUGCUGGAAGGGGACAUUUGGCGAUUGUUAAUCCUGCUAAAAUACUGGUAGGAGAAAAUGAAGUUGAGCCUCUCUUCGAUCCUGAGACGGACGUCGUAUACCGGUUAUUCACACGUCGUAACCCAUUACACGGCACCGUAUUGGAAUGGUCCGAUGCAUCCACAAUCAGCAAUUCGAACUUCGACGCAGGACAUCCAACUCGCUUCCUGAUCCAUGGUUGGACUGAAGACGAUGAUGCUACCUUGUUCUUUGUGAUUAAGGAUCACUAUUUGCGUGUUGGUGAUUUCAACGUGAUCACUGUCGACUGGAGUGCGGGUGCACAAACUAUUAACUACAUAGCCGCCCGUAAUCGCGUCGGUGGGGUUGGAAUGAUUACUUCUCGGUUGAUCGAUGUAAUUCGUUCUGCUACGGGACAGUCACAGGCAAUGAUCAGUGUAAUUGGGUUCAGUCUGGGAGCGCAUGCAGCUGGCAAUACUGGAAAACAUCAAAAUAAUCAGCUGGAUACAGUUAUAGGUUUGGACCCAGCAGGUCCACUGUUUUCCGAGGGACAGGCCGAUAUCUUCACGCCCAACGAUGCCAUCUACACCGAGGCUAUCUACACGAGUGCCGGUUCGCUUGGUUUCGAUGGUCCACUUGCCGAUGCAAAUUUCUACCCGAACUGGGGUAGAUCCCAGCCGGGCUGCAUCACGAAUACCUGUGCCCACAACCGGGUGAGCUUACUCUACGCUGAAUCGAUUUCUUCCGAAACGCCGUUUGCUUCCAUCCGCUGUGCCAGCCACAGCGAGAUCCAGAACCAGCAGUGUACCUCGAGUGGACCGUACGCAAAUAUGGGAGGGGAACCAUCAAAUCGUGGACGUGGCGUAAGUGGCGUGUACCAGUUGAUGACGAACUCGGGAUCCCCAUUCGCGAGAGGUUAACCGACAAUGGACUUUGUUUUAAUAUGGUGUGGAUGGAGGUUUGGAUCAUAAAAACUGUUUUUAAAGCAAUAAAAAUGCAAAACUAUUUUUUUUACUUAAAAA